AUGAGACUUUUUGAGAAAAUUGUUUUUAGGGAAGAGAUUUUAGAACACUCUAAGUUAAUUAUUGGCCAUGAUCAGUUUGCCUAUAAAAAAGGAACAAAUACAACGUCAGCCCUUAUUAAAUGUCACCAUCAUUGGCUGAAAUGGUUGGACGAAGAUGCCGAGUUUGUAAGGGUUUUAUCUUUUGAUUUUAGAAAAGCCUCUGACUCGGUCCCGCAUGAUAUCGUAACUGGAAAACUUAAACAAACAAACCUAAAUCCUUAUAUUAUCAAUUGGAUUAUAAGUUUUCUGACGAAUCGAAAACAAAGGGUCGUGGUGGACGGAAUUAUAACAAGAUAUGUAGAUAUUAACAAGGGAGUGCCACAGGGAACCGUCAUUGGCCCGUUUCUAUUUUCUCUUAUGGUUGAUGACAUUAAACCCAAACAACCUGAAACUAAUGUAUUGGUUAAAUUUGCUGAUGACAUGACAGUUAGUGCACCAGUAAAGUCAAAUAGUGAUUCUGCAACAAUGGAAGUGAGGAACAUCGAGAACUGGGCAAGGAAAAACAGAAUGACUCUAAAUCUAACAAAAACAUGGGAGAUGCUUCUGAGUGGCGGAACAUCUAAGCCGCCACCAGCGCCUAUAGAAGGUAUUGAACGCAAGGAAUGGCUAAAACUGCUAGGUGUUACUUUCGAGGACGAUGUGUGCUGCUGGGACCUGCAUGUUAAUGGCUUGUUGUCGAAGGCUGGAAGCCGAAUGUAUAUUUUAAGAGUAUGUAGAAGGUAUGGAUAUCGGAAGGAACAUCUCAGCUAUCUUUUUGACUCAAUAAUACUAUCGUUGUUUUUAUACGGUAUUGAAAUUUGGGGCUCAGCUCUUCAAAAGAAAUAUUUAGAACGCAUUGACAAGUUUUUUAAGCGAGCGUAUCGAUAUGGUUAUAUACUGAAAGAGUAUAAAAUGUCUGAGCUGAUUGAAACGAGAGACAGAAUUCUAUUCAAUAGGAUUUUAGAUAAUCCAGAACAUAUUUUAUAUGAACUACUGCCUGAAAAAAGACAAAAAAAUUUAAGAAAACGAAAUCAUCCUUUCAUCCUACCUCAAGUCAGAACUGAAAGAUUUAAGCGUUCCUUUGUAAAUAGGUGUCUGUUUGAUUAUUUUUAGUUUUUGUUGCAUGCGUAUAAAUUAUCUUAAACUAUUACAUUAAUAUUGUAAAUAUAGUAAAUAGUAUAUUUUAAAAUUGUAACUAAAAUCAUGUAAAGACACACGUCUGUUGUGUCUAAGGAUUACCAAAAUAAAGAUUUUUAUUAUUUUUUUAUUAUUAUUAUUAUUAUAAAAUGUUCCUGAUUACAUGUUUCAUACUUUCAUUCAAGAAUUUACGAUGAACCUUGUCCUUACUCGAUUUAUCGUGUCAAGUAA